AUGCGAAGGAGGUGGCCCGAGUCGGCGUCAGCGCCGUCCGGCGCGGGCCAUGGGCCCGCUUCCAAGUGCGUCUACGUGUCGGCCACCCACGCCGGGUCCUUCAAGUGUCGUUUCCACCGCACCAACUCCCAGGGCCACGGCCAGGGCCAGGGAAGCCGCCCUUCUUCGGCCCCUUCACCGGCCGCGGCAAACGCGUUGCCGCGGCACCCAGCCUUGCCGUCCUCGUCCUCCGGCACCGUCGCGACCCAAUGA